AAACACCCCACCCCACUCUGCUGCCAGCUGUUUCUGGUUAGGCAGCCGGGCCGGCAGUGAAGAGGAGGAGCAGGCCGGCCGGAGUCAUGGAGCGGCAGCUGGAGCUCGCUGCCCUCGGUCUGGCCCUCACGGGGUGGCUUUGUGCCAUUCUGACACGCUGCCUGGCUCUGUGGAAGGUGAGCGGCACCCUGGACAACACCACAGCUACUCUGCCUGCCUACUGGGAUGGGGUGUGGCUGGAAUGGGAUCACUGGGACCUGGCCCACGAUGGCAGCCUGCACUGCUCCUUCUACCAGUCUCUCAUGUCUCUUUCUGGAAGUUUUCGGACAUGGAGGGCCCUCAUCAUGGCGGCCAUUGGAGCCGGAGCUUUUGCUGCGGUGAUUGGAGCAACGGGGGCAGUGUGGUUCCCUUUGCGUGGUCAGAUCAAAGUGUUUUCUGGUACUCUCUUUGUUUUGUCAGGGAUCCUGCUGCUGAUCCCCACAGCCUGGACAUGCCAUCACACCAGUCAGCCACUGGAGGGUGCUGUGUUACUUAGACGAGACUGGGGACCUGCGCUGUAUCUUGGUUGGAUCUCCUUCGGUUUGAUGCUGGUCGGCGGGGUGUUUCUCACCACCAGAUGCCCCACCAGUGAGAGGCAGGUGCAGCAGCCUGAAGACAGCAGGUACCCGAAUCUAAAUGAGGAGGCCAAUCACCCGCUGAGCAGGAUCAACAGGACUGCGUUCACAAACAGCCAGUAUGAGCGCAGAUCAGAGCCUAUCUGAGGGCACUGUGAUGUAAUAUUUAACUGAGUGUGGGAAAUUAAACUGGAAAAUCAUUAACAUGUGAAAUGACUGUGCAUAGAUUAAGCAUUAUACGCACUGGCUUCACUAAGCAUGACCUUAACAUGAGAGAGAAGUGAUGUGUCACAGAUUCGUUUUAUUGAGAAGGAUGUGAGCAGGUCUCUGAAUUUGCAUCUUGCUUUGCAGUGUUUUGUAUUCUAGUUAGCACACUGAAUAUACCACAGUACAAUACUGCUUCACACUCAACCCUUAUUUCCCCAGUUCAAUGUUACUGUAAAAUUAUACAUUUGUUUGCUUCCCUUGAUAGAAUUAUUGAUACUAAACCGACAGUGAGACAUUACAGCCCUCUGAUGCUUUUAACAUAAUGCCUUAAAUGUGAAAGAGUUAAUAUUGAUCUUAAAACUAAUUACUGUAUUACACACACACACACACACACACACACACACACACACACACACACACACACACACACAUUGCCCUACAUUAGAGUACUGCAGUUUCAUAUUUGUUUUGUUGUUGUUGAGAGUGGUAAGAUUGUUUGCAUCUUUGAAAUGAGUUCUUUUGCACUAAAGGACACUGUGGAAUAAAGCAUUGCAAAUGAUCCUGAUAUAUUUAUUUACAAAAGUUAUUUGACUUUGUGCUUUAUUUGACUCAUUAUGCCACAGAGCACUUGCGGAGGUAAUAUGGUGAAGUAUAUGCUGUAUUCUAAAAAAGAAGAUUCAUGAUGGAAUCAGUGGGUCGAACUGCUCACAGUCUGGCUGAUGUGAAACUGGAUUUUUCAGACUUCUAUUUGCAGAUUUGCACCAGUGCAUGUGCAUGGAGCUCAAAGAUGAAACCUGACAGGAAAGCAUCUGUUUUUCCUCAUGCUGCAUUUUCCCUGUUUUUGCAUUAAAUGACUGAA